GCAGCACCAACUAAAACAACGCUUUUAACUGCUGAAGGAGCAGUCAACUGCAGCAGAUAUCCGUGCUGAAUUUGGGACGUAAUUUCUGGACGCUGCCAACAUGAUUGCCACCACACAACAGAACAUGACAACAGAGCUGCAGGAUUUGGGCAGCACGGGAGGACCACCUCGGAAUUGGAAGGGAAUUGGAAUCGCCUUGGUGGUUAUACUGGGGGUCAUGUCCCUGGUCACCCUCUCCAUUAUUCUGCUCACCCCUGACGAAUCUCAUCUCCUGCUGCUGUCUCGUAUCACUUUGGAGAACCUGGAGAGUGAGGAUUUCAAAGUUUACGACCCGUGUGCGACGUGGUUAAAUGAGAAUGAGGUAUCACUAUGCACUCGGGAGGGUCAUGUUCUAAUCCAUGAUCUUAACACCAAUCUAACCACCACACUGCUGGACAACAGCACCAUGGAUCUGAAGUCCAUGAGGUUCCAGGUUUCUGCUGAUAAGAAGUUCAUCCUGAUGGCCUACGAUAUACGUCCUGUAUUCUCACAGUCCUUCACUGCAUCCUUUGCAAUCUACACUGUGGCCAGCGGGGAGAUUAUGAACCUCACACCAUCGGAGGAGGAUACGUCUGUACUUCAGUAUGCAGUGUGGGGGCCUCAAGGGAGCCAACUGGUCUAUGUCUUUGAGAAUGACAUCUACUACAUGUCUGAUGUGUCCAGCAAAGCGAUGCGUUUGACGACCACAGGCAGAAUCAGAUUGGUGGUUAAUGGGCUGUCUGAUUGGACCUAUGAGGAGGAGGUACUUCUAAAAUAUCCUGCCUUGUGGUGGGCCAAGGACGGUGCCCGUCUGGCAUAUCUGUCCAUUAACAACUCAGCCACGCCUAUUAUGGAGAUACCUCACUUCCUGGGCGGGAUUUAUCCUUCUAAUGUCCUCUACCCAUACCCAAAGGCGGGUUCCAGAAUCCCAUCAGCCAGUCUGUUUGUGGUGAAUUUGUACGGUCCAGCACACACAUUAGAGAUGAUUCCACCCGAGUCCCAGAAAAGCAGAGAUAGUUAUAUCUCUAUGGUGAGUUGGAUCAGCAGUACACGUCUAGCUGUGCGUUGGUUGAACCGGGUCCAGAAUCAGUCUGUGCUGUGCGUGUGUGAAGCCACAACGGGUGCCUGCUCAGAGAGGCACCAAACGACGAUGGACUUUUGGCACAGCAAUCAACAGCAGGAGGAGCCGUUGUUCAUGGCAGAUGGCUCUCUGUUUUACCUCAUCCUGCCUGCCAAGCAAGGGGCCCGUGGGGAGUUCCUCCACAUCGCCAGCUUUCCUGCCCAGGCUUCGACUCCCUCUGUUACUCCUCGCUUUCUAACAUCAGGGAACUGGGAUGUAACCUCACUGUGCGCCCUUGACGAGGACAAUGAUAAAAUUUAUUUUCUGAGCACAGAGGAGUCACGACAGAGCAGGCACUUAUACAGCGUGGAGGUCGGAGGAGUGUUUCAUCGCCAGUGUCUGACAUGCAACCUGUUUGAGCGAUGCAACUUCUACACAGCAGACUUCAGCCCCAAUCAGACAUACUUCACCCUCUACUGCCUGGGUCCAGGUGUCCCAAAGGUGACCAUUCACAGCACAAAUGAUCCUUCUAGAUAUACAGUGGUGGAGGACAACAGCCUCCUUAUGAUGUCUCUUGAAACCAAGCAGCUUCCUGAGACAAUUUUCCGGAUUCUUUCCUCCGACAACAGUGACCUAGAUGUGAAGAUAUCUUUGCCUCCUGGGUACGAGGGAAACCUGCACCCUCUCCUUAUUAUCAUUGAUGAUAUUCCUGGCAGGCAGUCGGUCACUGAGGAGUUUGCCCUGGGCUGGCCGGAGGUUUUGUCCAGCCUGCAUGGAGUGGCACUGGCCUGGAUAGACAGCAGAAGCAGGGUCCCACUGGGACAAAAAAGCAGCACCCUGGACCCUCGCAAGCUGGCUUCCCUCCGCAUUAAAGACCAGCUUGGAGUCGUAGAAUGGCUAAUGCAGUUGCCAUACAUUGAUGGGAGAAGAAUUGCUGUUUAUGGAAAGGGAUUUGGUGGUUAUCUAAGUUUGAAGAUGUUGACAACAACUGAUCAGAUGUUCAAGUGUGCUGCUAUCAUGGCUCCUAUCACAGACUUCAAGCUCUACAGUGCUGCCUUCUCUGAGAGAUAUCUAGGUCUCCCUGCUAAAGAGGAACAUUCCUACAUGACUGCAUCUUUGUUAGAUGAUAUCCAGAAACUAAAAGACGACAACUUCCUCCUUUUACAUGGGACUGCAGAUGCCCGAGUUCAUUUCCAACAUAGCGCCGAACUGUUGAGUCGUCUGGUGAAGGUGGAGGCCAACUACACCCUUCAGCUGUACCCAGACGAAGGCCACACCUUGAGAGAAGAGCAGAGCAUCCAACACUUGCACCGUAUCCUCCUAAACUACCUCCACAACUGUCUCAAACAUGACCCCUUCCUCAUAGCAGAGGAGGAAGAGGAGGAGGAGGAGGAAGAGUGAUUUCUUCUACCGUGUCCACUUUCGGUCCUCAGUGGAGCCCAUGUAUGUCUAAGAACUGGUGUUGAACUUCAAUCUAUGUUAUUUCACCAAAGGAAAAAGAGCAAAAUUGGGACUAAGAGGACCAAAUUCACCAGCUGUUUAUUUACAAAGUAGAUUUUGGAUUGUUUCUAUUAAAGACUAUAAUCAUGUCUUGUGCUUGUCUGUCCCACCUUGGAUGAAUUGGAGGACAAGAGGAAGAUGCAAAAACAAGCACUGUGGUUCAUACAGUUUACAAGCAAAGCACAUAUGAAGUCUUAGGGCCGUAUUCAAUUCGUUUUUUGUCAGAUUAUUGUAAAAGAUGCUGCAGAGGUAUGUUGAUCAGUUUUGAUGUUAUAGUGCCACCUUGUGGGCAAAAAAGGAAAUGCUUUAGUAAAUGUGAAAUGCAGCAUGGAUUUUGUAAGAUUGGGAAGUAUAGCCUAUACUAGUAGUCGACCGAUAUGUAUUUUUCAAUGGCCAAUGCUGAAACGUAUGGUGGCCCAGAUGUGCACAACACAACAAAAUUUAUAAAGCAAACAAAAGAAAUCAAAACAAAGAAAUCAAGCCACAACACAAAUAAAUUAAGUCACAACACAAAUAAAUUAAGCCAUAACUCAACAAAAUUAAGCCACAACACAAAGAAAUUAAGCCACAACACAACUAUAUUAAGCCACAACACAAUGAAAGUAAGCCACAACACAAAUAAAUUAAACUAAAACACAAUUAAAUUAAGCUACAACACAAUGAUAUUAAGACACAACACAAAUCAGUUAAACCACAACACAACAAAAUUAAGCUACAACACAAAUAAAUUAAGCUACAACACAAAAAAUAAGAAAGGAAUCAUGAAUCUGUUUUUUUUUUUAUUUUUAUUUUUAUUUAUUUUUUUUGACACACCAAGCCAAAUUUUGAUAUGUUGCCUGGAGACAACACCAUACCAUACAGAGUUACAGUAAUUACAGUACUCAACUUCACGGGAGUCGCGUGGCGCCAUGUGGGGGUUGGACAUGUGAACGGCGAGCUCUGCGCACUUUGCUAGUUUUUAAUUAUUUUUGUGUCUUAAACCGGUGAGAUUCGAUACACCCUGCUACAAAACUGUUCUAUGAAGUAAACAUGUCAAAGAAAUCAAAAUCCUCGGGCUCUGGAGACAUUAAAAGACACUUACGUGCUCAAGCUGAUACCCCAGACAGGGCUGCAGACCAGAGACUCAGUUUGGACGGUGCGGCAGGAGAAAUUCAACAUCAACUGUCCAGCAUGUCUGUAAUGCUGGCGAAGGUCGUGGCAGACUUGGAGGAUCUUGCUGUAAUACGUUGAUCAAUUACUGCGAUGGAGACGACAUUUUCAGAGUUGGUUACAAGAAUCGGGGACAUCGAGAAACGGAUCGAUUAUCUGGAGUGAUCAGAGAGGGAAUUAGCUGCUAAUCCGCUAGUGACCAAAGUAGAUUUGGAACGCGUUUGGGAAAAGUUGGGACCUUGAGAAUCAUAAUCGGUGAAACAAUGUCCAAAUUGUUGGAAUUCCUGAGCAUGAGGAAGGCUGAGAUAUGGUCAAAUUCCUAGACGAGCUCUUUCCGAGUCUGCUCGACAUAACAGGCCAUAAGAUGGAAAUCGAGCAAGCUCACAGGGUCCUGGUUCAGAGAUCUGGAUCCGGAUCCAGAUCAAUUCUGGCCACAUUUCUGAGAUCACCCUAUAAAGAUCUUGUGUUAGGCGAGGAGUAAAGGAAGGCUUUCUUGGAAGAACCACAAAAAUGUUUUUGUUCCCAGACUUUGCAAAUUCGACAAGAGAGAAAUGUGAUAGAAUCAAGGAAUGCAUGAAACUCUUAAGGUCGCUUUUGCACUGAUGUUUCUGGCCAAAUUGAGAAUAGAUACUAAGGAUGGCCACAAAAUAUUUACAUGCCCACAGCAAGCAUUUUCCUUCAUAGAGACAAUGGAGUGAGUAAGCCAUUUGGUGAUUUUCACGUUGCUGCCGAGUGGACCGACUCACUGAACAUACACUUGACUGUCUGAGGAAACUGGGCACCUUUUUGUUUCUUUUUGUGCUGGUUCCGCCUGGUGGCUGGAGUUUGUUUUGUGGAAUAACACUCCUUCGGGACAGUGUUCAGGUGAAUCUACACGUUCUUUGUGCUUAUGCCUCCUAUUGGCUGGAGUUUGUUUUGGGGAGUAUUCUUUGCAGGACAUUGGAAGGAUUGGGUCAUCUGCUACACUCAUGAACAGCCGGCUCACUGAACAUUCGUUUGACUGGCCAAGGAAUCUGAACAGCGUUUUUUUUUUUUUUUUGCUGGUUCCGCUAGAGGCUGGAGUUUGUUUUGUGAAGGAUCGCACCUUCGGAGCAGUUAUGCGAAGGAAUCUACACAUUCAUUGUGUUUGUUCUGCCUAUUGGCUGGAGUUUGUAUUAUGGAUUUUCUUCUGUUAUGUAAUUCUGUCUCACAAAAUUUGUACAAAAGCACCGGACUUGAGCAAUCCGACGGCAAAGGUGUCGCGGGGGCUCUCGUAGGCGUACAUGGACUGUUUGAGUUUAGAGGGAUGGAUGCCGGUUUUGUUUGUUUCGGGGGGAAGUUCGGGGUUUGACUGUUGCACUAAUGUUGGAAUGUGGUCUUUAUAAUUUUAUUUUUAACAUACAAUCUAUUUUUCUCAUAUGUCAAAAUGUCAGUUGUUAAUAUGAGUGGAUUGUCUCUCUCCACGUGGAAUGUGAAUGGGUUGGGGCUCCCCAUAAAAAGAAGGAAGGUUAUUUAUUUUCUUAAACGAAGGAAAUAUGACAUAGCGUUUCUUCAAGAAACACAUCUUUCCCCGCAGGAAGCUGAGAAAUUUGGGAAGAUAUGGGGUGGACAUGUUUUCUUUAGUGCUGGCUCAAGUAAGAGCAGGGGAGUCAUUACAUUGAUAAGUAAACAUCUACAAUUCAGAUGUCUCAAACAGAUUAAAGAUAAAUUAGGUCAUUAUUGAUUUAGCAGAAAUUCAGGGGAAAAGGUUGAUUUUAGCUAAUAUUUACACACCUAACGCUGAUAAUCAGGGCGUUUUUAUAGAUCUUGAAGGGAUGUUGCAAGCCACUGGCACCCCUCAUGAUAUAAUAUUGGGAAGAGACUUUAAUCUUUUGAUGGACUCAGUACUUGAUCAAAGUGAAACACAUUGACACUUCACAGGAUCUGUAAAAAUCUUGGUCUUACAGAUAUUUGGAGACUUUUAAACCCAUCUGGUAGGGACUAUAAAUAUUUUUCAUCAGUCCAUAAGAUUUAUUCUAGAAAAUAUAUAUAUUUUUUAUACCUAAGUCCCUCAUUUCAUCUGUUGUUGAUUGCUCAGUUGGAAACAUCUUAGUCUCAGACCACGUCCUGGUGAGUUUAGAGGUGUUGCCUCAUAUGAAGAAAAAGAAAUCAUAUAGUUGGUGCUUUAAUGUAUCCCUUUUGCAAAAGAUUUACAACAAAUGUUAAAGGCUGAAAUCAGUGUUUAUAUGGAGACCAACUGGUCCUCAGUAUCCUCUGUGGCUGUGGCUUGGGAGGCACUUAAGGCAGUUCUUAGGGGUCAGAUCAUACACUAUGCCUCAUUCAUCAAAAAAUCCAAAGCACGAGAACUCGUGGAGUUGGAAGGGAAUAUUAAAAGUGCCGAGGCAGAGCUGAAGUGCCGAAUGUCAUCUGAUGGCUCAGAGAAUUGACCUGAUUGAAAUACAUAUAUAAUACUAUUUUGUCGCGGAAGGUGGAGUUUUGUCUAUUCAGGACAAGACAGUCAUACUUUGAGUCAGGGGACAAAGCAGGGAAGCUUUUGGCUAAAUAUAUAAAGCAGAGAGAGUCUUUUUCUACCAUUCCCUCAGUGAAAUCUGCUGGUGGUGAAACAUUUACCUCAGCCAUUGAUAUUAAUAAUUAUUUAAAAAAUUUAUCUUGAUCUUUAUAGUUCCACAUCUUCGUCUACCAGUGAAGAUAUUAGAAACUUUGUGGAACCAUUAGAACUCCCUAAACUGACAACUGAGCAAAAAGGUUCUCUUGAUUCUGAGAUAACCUAGGAGGAGCUUGGUGAGGUAAUUAAGACCUUGUCUACAGGCAAGGCUUCAUCUCGGACUCUUCUAGAUCUAUGCCUUGCCUCCGCAGAAUUAUUAAUUCCUUUUCUAAGUUCUCAGGAGACAGAGUUAAUUGGUCUAAAUCAGAAGCUUUGGCUCUGACAGCGUACUGCCCGAUAACGGCUUUUCAGCCAGGCGCCUUCAAGUGGCCCAAACAGUGCAUUAAGUAUUUGGGUAUUUUAUUCCCAGCAAAUUUGUGUGACUUAGUUAGAGAUUUUGACCCUUUAAUAAAAAGAUUUUCGAGCGAUGUGGGCAGGUGGGCUUCAUUACAUUUAUCGAUGAUUGGGAAGGUUAAUGUUAUUAAAAUGAAUUGUAUUCCAAAAUUCAACUACCUGCUACAGUCUCUCCCUGUAGAUGUCCCCCUCUCUUAUUUCAAGCAAUUUGAUAGCAUAGUGAAGUCCUUCAUUUGGAAUGGGAAACGUCCCAAAUUACAUUUCAGUAAACUGCAUAGGCCAAUUGAUAUAGGUGGGCUAGGCCUACCCAAGAUUUUGUUUUAUUAUUAUGCAUUCGGUCUCAGACAUUUGGCUCAUUGGUUGCUUCCACCUGAGAGAGCCCCUCCCUGGUUUUGUAUUGAACAGGAAAUUCUUGCCCCAUUUCACCAUUGCAAAGCCUUUCUAUCAAACUAACCGGAGAAGUUAAAUUACACCCCGUAAUCUCGCAUUUACACUCGGUAUGGACAAAAGUGUCCAGAGUGUUUAAUUCUGACAUUUAUUUAAAUGCUGCCUCGAGCUUAUGGCUUAACCCCAAAUUAUGUAUUAAUAAGUCCCCUUUAAUAACAUGCGGUGACCUAUAUGAAAGUGGAGAGUUGAGAUCCUUUGAAAAUUUAGUUCAACAUUUUGGGAUUCCCUGAUCUCAGUUCUUUAGAUAUUGCCACCUGCUCUGUACUAUUUUUGGGAGUAGCAUACGACCCCCUAAAGUAGCAGAUACUCUGGGAGUGGUGAUUACUGCUUUUGGUCAUGAGGCAUCAGUGUAUUACUCCUUGAUAAUUCAGAGUCUGGGGGACAGAGCUUCAACUUCUCUCAAGAGAUUAUGGGAGAAAGAUUUAAACUUGGUAUAGGAGGAGGGAGAGUGGGCUAGGAUUCUAAAAAACAUCAAGUCUAUAUCUAGAGAUGCAAGGGUGCGCCUUAUGCAGUUCAAGAUUUUACAUCAAUUUUAUUGGACCCCCUCUAGAUUGUAUAGGCUUGGUCUUAAAGACACACCCACCUGCUGGUGAUGCCAAUCAGAGGAUGGAGACAUAACCCAUGUCUUUUGGGGGUGUGUUAAGAUCCAGGGGUUUUGGUUGAAGGUUCAGAGUCUUGUGUGUGAUGUAUUGGGCACUCUGUAUUUUGGGCGAUGGGUCGGUCAUCGAUGUUGAGAAUAGACACAUAAAGAGUUGGGUCCUAACUAGCGUCAUGAUCGCCAGACAGAUUGAGGGUGGCGGCCUUUGAAGAAGGGUCUUUUAGAAGACUAGGAAAAUGUGAAUUUGUUUAUGGAGAAAUGGGGUGGAUACCUGACGUUGCUGGACGUGUAAUUAUUAUUAUAAUUAUUAUUUAUUUAUUUAUUUAUUUUUAAAUCUUUUUUUGUUUGUGUGUGUAUAUAAUCAUGUGUAUAUACUCAUAUGUGACCACAGGGAUGUUUGUUGGG